AUGGCCUCCUCUCGUUCUCUUCUCCUCUCCUCUUCCUUCCUCUCCAGACCCUCUUCCUUCACUUCCUCUCUAAGACGCUUCGCUUACCUUCCAUCUCCCACCCCCAGAUUCUCUCCAAAACGUCAUGGUUUCUCCACCGUCCUCUCCGUCGCCACCGAGCCAGCAGCUAUCUCCAGCACCGCCCCCAAGAAGUCAGAGCCAGCGACCGUCCCGCUUCCCAGUAACGACUCAUCCGAUAAGCUCCUCAAAAUUCGUCACACGUGUGCACAUGUAAUGGCCAUGGCAGUUCAGAAACUCUUCCCUGAUGCUAAAGUAACCAUAGGUCCCUGGAUCGACAACGGUUUCUACUACGAUUUCGACAUGGAGCCUCUGACAGACAAAGACCUCAAGAGGAUCAAGAAAGAGAUGGAUCGUAUCAUUAGCCGGAACUUACCACUUCUACGAGAAGAAGUAUCUAGAGAAGAAGCGCAGAGAAGGAUCAUGGCCAUCAACGAGCCUUACAAGAUGGAGAUUCUCGAGAGUAUCAAAGAAGAGCCCAUCACCGUUUACCAUAUAGGUAACGAAUGGUGGGAUCUUUGCGCUGGACCUCACGUCGAAACCACAGGGAAGAUCAACAAGAAAGCCGUCGAGCUAGAAUCCGUCGCCGGCGCGUACUGGAGAGGGGACGAGAAGAGGCAAAUGCUUCAGAGGAUCUACGGGACGGCUUGGGAGAGCGAAGAGCAGCUUAAAGCCUAUCUCCACUUCAAGGAGGAAGCUAAACGCAGAGACCACAGACGCAUUGGUCAAGACCUCGACCUGUUCUCGAUCCAGGACGAAGCUGGAGGAGGGUUAGUGUUCUGGCAUCCCAAAGGCGCCAUCGUUAGAAACAUAAUCGAGGAGUCGUGGAAGAAGAUGCACGUCGAACACGGUUAUGAUCUGAUCUACACUCCUCACGUUGCUAAAGCUGAUCUCUGGAGGAUCAGUGGUCACUUGGACUUCUACAGAGAGAACAUGUACGAUCAGAUGGAGAUCGAGGACGAGCUUUAUCAGCUAAGGCCCAUGAAUUGUCCUUACCACAUCUUGCUUUACCAAAGAAAACGUCAGUCAUAUCGAGAUUUACCCAUAAGAGUUGCGGAGCUUGGUACAGUUUACAGAUACGAGUUGUCUGGUAGCUUGCACGGUCUCUUCCGUGUCAGAGGGUUCACACAGGACGAUGCGCAUAUAUUUUGUUUAGAGGAUCAGAUCAAAGAUGAGAUCAGAGGUGUGUUGGAUCUCACGGAAGAGAUAUUAUCGAGGUUUGGGUUCGAUAAGUAUGAGGUGAACUUAUCAACCAGACCUGAAAAAUCAGUGGGGAGUGAUGAUAUAUGGGAGAAGGCAACGUGUGCUCUUAAGGAUGCGUUGGAUGAUAAGGGAUGGAGCUAUGAGGUUGAUGAAGGAGGUGGUGCUUUUUAUGGACCAAAGAUUGAUCUUAAGAUCGAAGAUGCAUUGGGAAGAAAAUGGCAGUGCUCAACCAUACAGGUUGACUUUAAUCUUCCUCAGAGGUUUGACAUUACUUAUGUGGACACAAACUCGGAUAAGAAACGCCCUAUAAUGAUCCACAGGGCGGUUUUGGGGUCCUUAGAAAGAUUUUUUGGGGUUCUCAUUGAACAUUACGCUGGGGAUUUUCCAUUAUGGCUCUCUCCUGUUCAAGUUCGGGUUCUGCCCGUCACAGACAAUCAGUUGGAGUUCUGCAAGGAAGUGAGUAAGAAGCUGAAAGCUUGUGGAGUAAGGGCUGAGCUGUGCCAUGGAGAGAGGUUGCCAAAGCUCAUAAGGAACGCAGAGACACAGAAGAUCCCAUUAAUGGCGGUUGUGGGCCCUAAGGAAGUCGAGACCGGAACUGUCACCGUUAGGUCGAGGUUUGGAGGAGAGCUUGGAACCAUUCCUGUUGAUGACUUCAUCAACAAAAUCAACAUUGCAGUGGAAACAAGAACUGCUUUGUAACCUUUAUUGUAAGACUAGGACCACACAGAUCUCUGUUAAGACUUUGUUCAUUUAUCCUUUGAAUGCUUUAAAGAUUGAAAUGGCCAGCUAAAUCUUUGGUGACACUGAAUAUGAUUUUAAUCAAAAACAAAUAAAACGAAUAAAUUUGUCUU